AUGGCGCAAUCUCCCAUGCAAGCACGUUUAGUGCUAUGCGCUAUCGAAUCCGCUUUCCAAAUUCUACUAUCGAAGACGGCCGAAGGGCCUGACGCUUCGAGAAUCGACGCUCAAAGCAGUACGUUCUGUCUCACCGUUCACGAUUUCAUCACGACUUGCCUGCUCUUCUUCCUCUGGUGCGCCAUCCUGUACUCGCUGCGUAUGCGAGGCUUCAGAAAGACGGGCUGGUUCGCUGUGACGGCCAUGCAGGGCGCUUUGGGCAGUGGCUUCAUGGACGCGAUGCGGCAUCUUUCGAAUGUCGAGGGAUGGCACGGCCCGAUCACAUCCGUAGAGACAUCCAAAAGUACGCAUAUCGACAAAAUAUUAGAGGAGGUAGUGCAAGCCACGAUCCUCGACUACAGCUGCUGGUUCGCAUGUGCUUCAUGA